UAAUUAUAAAUGUUUGCAGUGAAAGUCAUGUUUUGAGUUUUGUAAUCACCGUUAAUGUUAAGUUUAAAAACAACUGAAGCUGAGCAGCCUAGGAGCGAGCACGAAAACCUUUGCAGUUUUCGUCACUGAAGCAAUCAAGUGGAGCUCCAGAUCUGGACCAAGGCCCUAAUAAACCCUGGGGUGGUCGGCACAUUUGAACUCAUUUGUUUAUGACCUCACAUCCGCUGCAACAUAAACACUAUUACUCGGGUUACACUCCUCCGUCAGAUGGCGUUCUGCCUGGCUGAGCUGCACUUGUGGUCCACCAAGAGCUCACUCCAAGUCAAAGAGAGGCCUGGUCGCUGAGAUACAGAUAUUGGCACCUAUCAGUACUACGAUAAAGGAGAGCCAGCCAAUCCCCUGGAGCAUCACUACUACAAUGAGAAACUCCAUUUCUGUGAGGCUCGAGGUCAUUCGUGGACCCCCAGGAACCGCCGACCAGAGAAGCUACGCGAUUUGCUGAAGGAGUUGGAGGAACUGUUGCAGACCAACACCUGCGUUCACACCAGAUGGAGGAACAAGCAUUGCUGCCAGGUGAUGCUGAGCAGUGGAGUACUGGUGACUCUGACCCUAAAUGGACUUCAGCUGGAACAAGUGUAUGUUGACCGCACAUUAGUAAGCCGACUACCAGCCAACACCGUGACUGAUGCGGUGCUGAGCGAUAGGCUGUUUCUGCUGUCCUUCCUGGAGCAGAGCCAAGUGGCUGCAGUCUACCUCAACCAAAAGAACCAGGACUCCCCAGAGACUGGCAGGCGAACAGACAAACUCUCACCCUCUGAAAUCAAGGUGGUGUGUGUGGACGUGAGUGGGCGGGCUCGUAGGCUCCACAGAUAUGUGGGUCUCAACUGUCUCCAGGAUGUGGCCCUGUGCUGGUGGAACCUGGACGAACCCGGUGAGGAGCUGUGGCCCUGGACUCCCACAAACACACAAAGGAACAACCUGGUCCUACUCAGCUGCUCACCAACCGAAGGCCUCAAGGUCCUUAGCUCUGUCCGGACAGAAGGCAAUCCCCUGGACUGCCGCUUCAGCCUGCUCCAGCCCUACCAGCUGCUAACAGUAGAGCUACCUGCAGGACCCCAAGGAUUCAGAGAGGGGUCCUGGGCUGACACCUGUGUGUACGAAUGUGCACGAGAGCGCCUGCACCACCUGUCUGUUACCCGCAUCCCGCUACCAUCCCUUCCCGUCUCCUGCUCACGUCACCCCUCUGAGACCACACUUCUCCUGGGCUUAAGUGACUCCUCCCUGGUUCUGUAUGACCAGCGACGGGGGGUCUCUCUCCUGGCCUCCUGCCCUGUGUCACCCACCCUUCUGGCCUGGCACCCUGCUGGGGCUGUGGUCAUGGUAGGAGGAGGGCAGGGGGAACUGAUGUGCUUUGAUGUGGGCUUGGCACCUGUAAGCAUGGCACUGGUAGCAGAAGAAGUAGCUUCAGCUGCCACACUAAGACUAGCUCAGCACGUGCGCUGCUGUGAAGGCCUGGAGGGACUGCAGUGGGGGACAGGCCUGGAAGGAGGCCCAGAUGGGACAGAUAUCCUGAUGUUAGCCUUUCAUGGGGGACCACUAGCAGCCUUGAGAUUCAGACUAGGGGCUCUGACUGGGGGCCAGAUGGGUCCUACGGAGCUGCUACAGCAGUGGCUGCGUUGUGGCCAGGUCAGAGAGGCACUGGGGAUCCUGGAGGCCAUGGACUGGAGCAUCAUGGGAGACGAGUGCUACCGAGGCCUGAGCUCAGUCACCAACCACCUGCUGAGGCUGGAGCUGAAUGCAGAGAGAGAGGCCCAGCUAGAAGCAGCUCUGGGUGUGUUUUAUGCCCCACCUGCCCCUCUCUCUGAUAUGGUGAUACUUGAGUACAGGGAGCCAAUCAGCAAGUAUGCCCGCCGCUUUUUUCACCACCUCCUCAGACACCAGCGCUUUGAGAAGGCCUUCCUCCUCGCUGUAGAUUUAGAAGCCAGAGAUUUAUUCAUGGACCUCCAUUAUGUUGCCAGCGAUAAGGGCGAGGUGGUGCUAGCAGAUGUGGCCAAGAGGAAAGCUAAUGAAAUCGAGGCCCAGGCCAUCACAGGCAAUGAUCCCCUGAGAAGCAGUGUGUUGUGUGGUUCCAGCCUCGGGGACAGACAGACAGAGAGGAACCAGAGUGCAACAGGACCUUCAUACCCAGGCACUCCCAUAACACAUGCUGGUGGAAGAGCCAAUCAGAAGAGACCACAGGCAGAGAGCAUACGUGUGACCGUGAGCCCAGAUGUGUUCAGGACACUGAGACAAACAGGAAGCAGUGACGGUGGCAGAGACAACGGGGAUGACGAUGACGACCUCGGGAUGCUUCACGUGGUCCAUUUAGGAAUGGUUUGAAAAAACAAACUAAGAUACGAUAAGAGCACUUUAUUAAUCCCAGUGGGAAAUUGGAGAGACACAACAACAUCUCACCAAUAACAGGCUCUCUUUGUCUAUUUGUAUAUGCAAAAUACCUGCAAUAUUACCUGGAUAGGGACGCAAAUGCUUAUCAUUGUACAGAACUGUAGAUGACUAUAUAGAUGUCUGAUAAAAGCGGAAUAAUACGUGUAUUAUACAUAAAUACAUUACCAGUUUUGUUAGUAAGUUGUACAUUUUAAACAGAAAAACAGUGUUUGCUAACCCUGUCAUAGUAUAUCUGUGAAAUUUCAGCCAAAUCAAAAACACUGAGCAGCUCCAUGGAUGUGAAUUCAGGUUAUUUUCUGUCUAAACUAAAUUAACCUUAAAAGAAAACAGUUACACCGAGUUCUGCCUUUAAAAACACGACAGAAACUGUUUUAAACCUUGCCAUUAAUCAGCCUGAAAAAAUAAAGACUUCUAUUAUACUUCCAUCACCACUGA